AGCAGGAUGUGCUUAUGGUGCGUGGGGGCAAGUUCAAGAAAUCUGGAAAGAAGAGGAAUGCUAAGAAAGGUGGCAACAAGGCCAGCCCAACUAAACAAACUGGCGCCAAAUCUGUAAAGAGGAAGGUCAGUCAACCCACUUCUGAAUCCGAAUGCUUCUACUGCAAGAAGAAGGGGCAUUGGAAGAGAGAUUGCUUGAAGCUAAAGGAAGAUCAGAAGAACGGAACAGUCGUUCCAUCUUCAGGGACUAAGAAGAAGUAGAAAGUUAAGCAAGGGUGAAGUCGACCUACGAGUGGGAAAUGGAGCACGGAUUGCUGCAUUAGCUGUAGGAACUUACUUUUUGUCAUUGCCCUCCGG